AUGUGGAGAGCACUUGCAUUGAGCUGUCUGUUGACAGUCACGGCGCAAGAUGCGACCAGCGCCUCAGCGAGCUCUGGGCAGUCCGCAGGACCACCGGCUCAAGGCCCGAGCUCGGCUUCCUCGGCCGCUCCAACAUCCGGUUCAGCGGCAUCGCAAAGUGGCGGCGACCUGAACUUUGGCCCGGUCUCUUUCGCAGGCUACGACAACUACGUGCUGCGCGAUAACAACACUGCCGUUCAGAUCGUGUUGUCUGAGUUCAUAACCGCAUUCCACCGGGCGAACACUGGGGCGCUAGUGUAUUUCGUACCCGCAGACUUCAAUUCGACAGUCACAGCCUCACUGGACAAGUCGUCUGUCAAGUCCUUCCGUGACGCCGACGAGCAACGGGGUGUCGAGGGCGACCUGAAGCUCGACAACGAUGUUCGCUUCGGGGUGACUCUGAGUGACGUGAGGACGCUACGAGACUAUACCGAAUCGGGUGGUAAGGUGUUCAACUCGGUUUUCAACUACACCCUGGGCGAAGUUACGAGGGAUUCCGUGCAGCUCGUGCGCCACUGGCUCAACGGAACAACGGUGCAGUACCUCACAUUCAAGACUGGCAACAAUGCGGGCAUGGCCGUCACGAAGCGCUCUGACGGGCCGCCCGGUAUCAGAUUCUGGCGCAGCGACAACAAGAAUCCGAUGACAUUGCAUUUCCGUAGUCACUUCAACUGGACCGGUACAACGCCCGAAACUCCAUGGGUCGAGACAAACGGUCUUGGCCCGGAUAACCUGUUCUUGAAGCCCACCGGCAGUGGCAACAACACUGCCACAGGUGGGCCGGCUGGCCGGCCAAUGUCAGAGUCGACUGCGCUCAUCACCGCCACAACAUACCCGGCAGGCAUGACGACGACGAACCCCAUUUACACACUGCACGAGAACCAGACACGACAGACGGUGCCGAAUGUGGCGUUCACACCGACACCGAAUGCGACAGUCGCAGGCAACAGCGCCUCGCCCGCACCUUCCUCUUCUCAGCCGGUGCAGUCGGCUGCUAAUGGUGCUGGAGCGGGAAACCGCACAUCUGGCUCUACGUCAGCCAACCUCGACAAGGUGCUAUCCGCUAUCCACGGCCAAGGCGCGGAUGUGGCACAGCAAAUGUCCUUCCUCACGUACGACACCGAGUUCCUUGCUGGCGGCUGGCGCUUCUUGACUAGUAAGCUACACGUUUCAGCCAGCGAGCUGACAUCAGAUUUCGGACGUGACACUCUGAUCGCGGCGCGUCUCAUGCUUCCUGUGCUCUCGUCUGAGGCCGUCGAGGCAGUUAUGGCUGCCGCCAUUGAGCGUACUAAUAGCACAAGCGGCGAGCUCUGCCACGAGGAGACUGCCGGUCAGCCGGAGCGAGGCAACAAGCCCGUCUACGCAUAUACUAUGGUCGACACCGACUUCCUCCUUCUCCCGCUAGUCGCCGCGUACGCGACGUCGCCACAGGGCGAAGGCCGGCUGAGCGAGUUCUUGGGCCGCAACUCUUCUCUCGUCGAGGGUACCUUCAAAGAGCUACUCGAGACGAACGCCGAACAUGUGAUCGAACUGGCUCGAGAGUUCGCAGUCCACCCCAGCCGCGAGAACCUUGUCAAAGUGCGUUCCUAUCCCGUUGGCAACUGGCGCGACUCGGCCGCCGGCUUGGGCUGGGGCAGCUAUCCCUUCGACGUGAAUGUUGCGCUCGUUCCCGCUGCCUUGCGCGCCAUUUCGCAGCUGCACCGCGCAGGCCUCAUCAAGGGCAAGCGCUUCAACCAGGCUGGCCACAUCGCCGGCCGCUGGGAGAGCCGCGCGCUCAAGUACUUCCACGUCAACAUUGCGCACGUCAAGAGCAAGGAGCGACUCAACAAUUACAUCAAGCUGGCGAACCUGACGGACGCCCUUCUGUACGGCGCCGGCAGCCUGAAUGGCUCCCAAACGGCGGACGGAUACAAUGCACCCGGAUGGGCGAUCGGCGUGCCGAACAAAACGCACAGCGAUGACAACAACAACCAGCGCCGCAACGGCGGCGGUGAUGACCACAAGGACAAUGACGAAGAGGACGACCAUGACGAGACAUGGAGUGACGGAAAGGAGGACGGCGGCCGGCCGAGCAGCACCUACCCCCGCUCGCAGCGGGACACGUACUACGCCCUUUCGCUUCGGGACAACCUCAAGCCAGUGCACAUCCAGCACUCGGACCUGUCCUUCCUGCUUCUCUACGGGCAGAACGUGAAGAAGGAGGCGAUCGUCGCAACCGUCCAAGCGCUGCAGCCUUACCCGCGCGGCCUGCUGACGAACGCGGGCAUGCUCGUCGCCAACGCCGCCUUCAGCUGGAACGACAGCGACGCCGAGACUUUCUCGAACCGGGCGUACCACGGCGCCGUGGCCUGGGGCUGGCAGCAGGGCAUGAUGGCGGCAGGCGUGGGGCGGCAGCUCGCGCUCUGCGGCGCGGGGAGCAGCAGUCUCGAGUCCGUCACUGUGAGCAGUGCGCCGAGCAAUGGCACAGAGGGGCAGCCGAAGUGGUGCAGCGACCGUCAGCUCGUGCUCGCGCUACACGCGGCACAGGGGCGGCUCUGGGACGCAAUCGCAGGCAGCAAGGACGUGCUCUACACCGAGGUGUGGAGUCCGGUGUUCCAGCCGCCGAAGCAGCCACGGGGUAACUCGACUAUCCCCUUUACCGGCAACGGUACAGCCCCAGCCGCCGGCGACAGCGCGGACGGAGGCUCGUUCGCGAUCGGCGACCUCGGCAAACUCUCGCCCGAAGGCACGGAGGGCGACGCGAUCCAGCUCUGGAGCUACGGCUUCCUGGCCCAGAUCGAUCCCAGGACAGGCACCCCGGUCGCGAACUGGCGGCCUAGCAACGAUACGAAAAUGGUCGGCGACGAUGGCGACAACGCGGCCCAGAACGCCCAGAGUAGCUCGGGGCACAUCGACACUGGCACCGAGGGCGUCGGCACGGGUAACGGCGUCGGAGGCGUCACGAACGCCACGGCGAAGGAGGAGCCCAAGCGCUAG